ACCUGACCUCUCUGAUGCUGCAUCUUUGCAGGUGGUGAAUUUUGCUCCCUUCACGCUGCUCCCAUCUGCAGUACCCAGUGCCUUGUUUGAACAAGCAUACGCUGUUCAGCAAGAUUUUAACAUGCUGGUGGAUGCUAUUAGUCAAAACAAGGAAUUCCUGGAGCAUACUCUGGCCAGCACCAUCAAGGUGGAUGACUUCACAGCUCGACUCUUCAGGAUCCACACACAAGUUCUGGAGGAAGGCUUGGCUCAGUCUGUGUUUUUAGGCAUAAACCGCUCUGAUUACAUGUUUGACUGUGGGGUGGAUGGGACACCAGCUCUGAAGCAGAUAGAAAUAAACACCAUUGCUGCCAGCUUUGGAGGCCUCACCUCCCGCACUGUGGCGGUCCAUGGGCAGGUGUUGAAAGUGCUGAGGAAGCCUCAGGAGGCAUCACGCCUGCUGCCCAACAACCCAUCCAGAGGCCUUGCCUUGGGUAUUGCCAAAGCCUGGGAGCUCUACGGCUCUCCAAGUGCUGUGGUGAUGUUUCUGGUGGAGGAAGUCCAGAGGAACAUUUUUGAUCAGCGAUGUGUAGAAAAUGAGCUUUGGAAGAGGAAUAUUCGGGUCAUCAGGAAGCGAUUCCGGGAUGUGUUUGAGAAGGGCUCUCUGGAUGAGGCCAGGAGGCUGUAUAUGGACGGGCAGGAGGUAGCAGUGGUGUACUACAGGGAGGGCUACGUGCCAAGCAACUACGACCAGCAGAACUGGGAGGCUCGGCUGCUGCUGGAGAGGUCCCGGGCAGUGAAGUGCCCUGACAUUGCCACCCAGCUGGCGGGCACCAAGAAGGUGCAGCAGGAGCUGAGCCGCCCAGGGACACUGGAGAAGCUGCUGCCCGGCCACGCUGAGGCUGUCACAAGGAUCAGAGCAACCUUUGCUGGGCUUUACUCCCUGGAUAUGGGUGCAGAGGGGGACAGGGUGGCUGCUAUGGCGAUCGCCGACCCCGACCGCUUCGUGCUGAAGCCGCAGCGAGAAGGUGGAGGGAACAACCUUUAUGGUGAAGAGCUCAGGCAGGUUCUGGAGAAGAUCAAAGACAGCCCUGAGAGAACCUCCUACAUCCUGAUGGAUAAGAUCAAGCCACGACCAGUGAAGAAUUACCUGCUGAGGGCUCACAGCCCCCUGCAAGUGUCCGAGUGCAUCUCAGAGCUGGGGAUUUUUGGCGUCUAUGUCAGACGAGGCUCGGAGCUGGUGUUGAACGAGGCCGUGGGGCACCUCCUGCGCACGAAGGCAGUGGAGCACGCGGACGGAGGGGGGGCAGCAGGGGUGGCCGUGCUGGACACCCCCUACCUGGUGUGA